AUAAGCUGCGACAGAAAGUCAACAAACAUGGCGAAAAUCACUUUCCUUAACAGCAUCUUAGUCGGUGUGUACAACGGUGUGAAUGCUCUCAUACCAUGGCAUAAACUGCCCACAUUCCUUGGUGUAGGCAACCUGCUGGCUUAUCGUAUCGUCCUUGAAGCAGAGAAUCUCUACGAUGUCUAUCCCGAUGCUAGUUAUCAGGGAACCGAAGCAACCUGUCCCAUGAAAGAUAGUCGAUAUGUCACUGCGAGAAACAGCGAUGGCUUGUUCAACGACGAGGCUCAACCAAUGAUGGGCUGUGUCGGCAUGCGAUUCGGAAGAAACGUCCCUCGAGAACAUGCUAAGAAACCGACUGAUGCGGAAUUAUUAACACCAAGCCCAAGACUUGUUAGUGAUAGAUUGCUGGCACGAGCCGAGUUCAAGCCUGCUACCAUCGUCAAUCUGCUGGCUGCGGCAUGGAUUCAGUUCCAGGUCCACGAUUGGGUCUUUCACGAAACUUACGCGCCCGGUGAAAAUGAUAUUGAGAUCCCUCUCCCAGCAGGCGAUACAUGGCCAUCAGGACACAUGAAAAUCUUCCGCACCAAGCCUGAUAUUACAUUGGACGAAACCGACAAAAUCUCUCCUGGCUACAAAAAUACGAGUACUGCUUGGUGGGACGCUUCCCAAAUCUAUGGCGAAAAUGAAGUUGCUACAACAGCUCUUCGAGGUGAUGCUGUCAAUGGCAAGUUGAAAAUGACUAAGGAAGGAAUGGAAGACUUCCUGCCUAGAGACAAAGACAAUCUGCCCAUGACUGGCUUCAACCAGAACUGGUGGUUGGGACUCGAACUUUUGCACACCUUAUUUGCUUUGGAACAUAAUGCUAUCUGUGAUGUAUUGCACAAGAACAAUCCCGAAUGGCCCAGUGAUCAGAUAUUCGACACUGCUAGACUCGUCAACUGUGCUCUUAUGGCCAAGAUCCACACGACCGAAUGGACACCCGCUAUUCUUGAUCACCCCACUAUCAACUCGGCUUUACAUGCCAACUGGUGGGGUAUCAUUGGAGAAAAGAUACACAAGAUGUUUGGUCGCAUCUCGAAGAACGAAGUCAUUGGCGGUAUCCCAGGCUCUGGAGUAAAUCUCAAUGGUGUCCCCUAUACUCUGACCGAAGAGUUCGUCUCUGUGUACCGAUUACAUCCUUUGAUCCCAGACAACAUCGCCUUCUUCAAGACCACCUCUGGUGCUCACGUACGAACAACACCUAUCGCCGAUUGCGUAUUCUCCAAAGCUCAAGAUGCCUUCAACAAAGAAACCGACAUGGGCGACGUCUUCUACUCUUUUGGCAUCAACUACCCAGGAGCUAUUACCCACAACAACACACCCAACUUCAUGCGCAACCUCGUCACUCCCGACGGAGUUCUCAGAGACAUCUCAUCCGUCGACAUCCUGCGUGACCGCGAACGGGGAGUCCCGCGAUACUGCGAAUUCCGCCGCCUCUUCCACAUGAAAGCCCCAAAAACAUUCCUCGAUCUCGUGGGUGGCAAAGAACAACAGGCACUUGCUGAUACGCUCGCUGAGAUCUACGAAGAUGAUAUUGAGAAAGUGGAUCUGCAGGUUGGAAUGUUCUGCGAACCUUUGCCUAAAGGUUUUGGAUUCAGUGAUACGGCUUUCAGGGUCUUUAUUUUGAUGGCUAGUCGUAGGAUUCAAAGUGAUAGGUUCUUGGCUGGCGAUGGCUGGACUGAGGAAGUGUACUCGAAGGAGGGGAUGGCUCAUGUUCAGAAUGAGACGAUGAUCAGUGUUUUGUUGAGACACUUCCCGGAGCUGAAGCCUGCUUUGCUCGGGAAGGAUAAUGCGUUCAGACCUUGGAUCAAAGUUGGAACCAGUGCCGAUUAUAAGGGUGUUGAGACUUUGGAUCCUGCUGCUAAGUAAAGGGGAGCUCUUUUGAGCGAUGGUGUUUUGGGGUCUGUUAGGAAUGGGUUGUUAGUGGAUGAAUCGUUUGGGCUUAGGCAACGGUAUUUCAGUGGAUACAAAUUGAAAUAUUAAUCUUCCCUUGUGAUCACAAAGAUAGAAUGGUUGGUUCUUGGUAGUAGAUUUCUGGAAAUCGAACUAAAUUGUGCC